AUGCCCACGGAACAGUCUAUCUCAUCGCCAUUGUUUCCAAUGGAAAAGGAUAUCGAUGUUCCCCUAGAUGCUACACCUCUGGCGCAGAGUUCGUCGUUACAGCUUUUUAUUCACCUGGCUGAACCAGUCGUUUUCCUUCAAGGGUUUGACCCUCAGAGGACGGAAUAUCCCUCAGUUGUCCUUCGGGGUUGUUUAGUGGUUAGGAUACUGAAGCCCACAAAGCUCAAAAGCAUAAAUCUGUCAUUCAAAGGGUAUUCUAGAACAGAAUGGCCUGAAGGUAUCCCACCCAAAAGACAGGAGUUUGUAGAGAUUAAAGAUAUUGUAGAUCAUACGUGGGCUUUAUAUCCGACAACGGAGCAGAAAGGCAAGAAAAGGAUCUGUGCUUCCAAUUCACCCAAUAAUUUUUUGAUGAAGGAAAGUGGUGCUUCCCUUUAUAGAACGCUAUCUGAAAAUGAACCCUUAACCAGCAGGAAAGCAUCCAUAUCAGGUUUAUCUUCCUUGAACUUAUCUCCUCUAGGUACACCGGGAAAUUCCUCCGUCAAUGUCAGAGAUAGGGAAAGUAGACAGAGAUCUAGAUCUUCCUCUGUCACCUCUGCCACAGCUCCUUCGAGAAAUUUAUCUCCAAUAAACUUAUUGAAAAGAGCCACGUCUCCUUCCGUAUCUCAUCAUAAUUACAAACCUACUACCACGUCUAUCUUUUCAGACCUGUUAAAUAACACUUUUACCCAUAAUGACUCAACAUUGCAUCAUAAUCAUUACACACCCGCCAGCAACGGUCAUCUAACAAUGGCAAGCAAUAAUUACACCAGCGGGCCUGGUGGAGAUUCUUUCGUCUUCCAACCAGGUGACUAUGUUUACACGUUCGAAGAAUUAAUUCCUCAAGAGUACCCAGAAUCGAUUAGAGCUGAUUUUGGGUUUGUAGAGUACUUCUUAUUUGCCAGUAUAGAAAGAUUUGGUGCCUUCAAAUCAAACGUCAGUGGACGUCAGGUAGUGAACAUAGUGCGGACCCAGGCCCAUAAUUCCGUGGAAGAAAGUGAACCAAUUAUCAUAUCGAGAGAUUGGGAAAAUCAGUUAUACUAUGACAUCGUCAUAGCUUCCAAAGAUAUUAUCUUAGAUGCAUUCUUACCUAUCACGUUUAAAUUUGCUCCACUUGAUAAAGUCACACUGCAUAGAAUCAGAAUAUAUGUGACAGAAACAAUGGAAUAUUACUGUAGGGACAAAAAAGUUCAUAGGAUGGAGCCCACUAAGAAAUUUUUGUUGACGGAACAAAAGGGCCCCAAACUAUUGAACUUACCCAGCGAUGCAAAUGCUUCGAAAGCCAAAAAUAUGGGGAACUUAUUGGAGGACCCAAAAAAUGGUGAUUUAGUUAACAAAGAGUAUGAAUACCAAAUUUUCGUUCCAAGUCGUUUCAACAACCACCAACAGUUACAUCCAGACACUUCGUAUGAAAACAUCAAAGCAAACCAUUGGAUCAAAAUCUGUCUGAGAUUAUCUAGAGUAGUGGAUAACAAGAGAAAGCAUUACGAAAUCAGUAUCGAUUCUCCGAUCCAUGUUUUGCACAGAUUAUGCUCACAUGCGAAUACUCUUCUACCAAGCUAUGAUGGACAUACUACGAUUGCACCAAAAGAGAUGGACCCCUCCAUUUCUUCAAUAUUGGAAUCGUCGGAGGAUAAUGCAAACCUGUACCAUAAUUCCAACAUUUUCUUUCCCAAAGAAAUUCUUUCAUCACCAGUUCUUUCGCCCAACGUUCAACCUUUAGACAUUUUGAUCCCACAUUUACCGUCCACUUCUUUGACCAGGAACUCCAGGCAGUUUAGUAGAAAUUCAAAAUUGCAUUCGAAGGAUAAUGCUGUUUUCAAUUCCGUUAAACUAAAGUCAAAUAUAUAUCAACCGGAGACCUUGCAAAGAGAGCUAGCAUCUCCUCAAGCGAUCCCACUUUCCCCAAUAACAUCACCAAUGUCAAAUAUGGAAAUGCCACCGCCAGAUUUUGAUUUUUCCUCUGAUUUCAUAUCUGAUGCAUUGUCCGGAACUACUACUACCGAAGCAUCCUCGUCAGAGUCGAGUAUCUUACCAAAAGAUCCACCAUCUUAUAAGGAUACUGUGUUGCAUGACAAUAAUCAAAAGAGGAAACCAAAUUCCAAACAUACAACCUUGAAAGCCUCUCACUCUAGUAGACAUCCGGAUAAUGGUACUGCCGAAAGCAUGAUACAAGAAGAAUCUACGUCAAUGACAGAAGAAAAAAAACAUAAAAAUGACGCUAUUCUUAAGAAGAGAGGAAGCAGGGACCUAAAAAACUUGGCAAUGCCACAACACGAGGAAAGUAAGAUUUCUACACCCAAUAAAAAUCAGAGUAAGGAAAGGGACAGGAAAAGAGUAUUAAGUUUACCUCCAUUACAUAGCUCACCAAAUAACAGCAGCUUUGCACAUUCUACUUUAGGAAAUCUUAGCAAUGAAUCAUUACGAUCGUUGAAUAGAAGAGAAAGUGUUCAAGACAAUUUACCGUCCACGGUAAGGAACGACAAUCCUUUUUUCACUGAUUUAAACCAAAUCUUGAUAGAUGAUGAACUGAAAAAUCAUGAUAAAAACGAACUGAAUCGAAAUCCUACGAAUACCUCGAGCACACCUGCCUCGGCUAGAUCCUCUUUUGAUUACUCGGGGAUAAAUAUUAGUAAGGACAAGUUAACUAUGGAACCUUUACUGAGCAAAACAGAAACGUUGCCUAAUAAAAUCAAUGAUAACUCCUUUCUAAGGUCUAAUGAUUCCUAUGUUGAUUUAUUUGAUCAAUCGACAGAUACCACGGUUGAUAUCACGGCACCGUAUGCGAGGAAUUCCUCCGCAUGGCAUCCUUCGCAGGACAAUAAUGACAAUAAUCCUUUUUUUCCGCUUUUAGGGGGUAACGAGAACUUUUUGAAUGCGAUUAGUGCACAAAAUUUUACUGAAUCAGAUCAUAAUAACGAUAUUACUACACAGGGUUCAGGAUUAACGGAAAGCUCUAGAAAUUCAGAUUCUGAGGAAAGGUUUGCCUCAAGACUUUCUUCACCGGAAAAGUUGCUGGUUAAUACUCUGGAUAAUGAAUCCGGGCUACAAAGUAUAAAUGAUAGUACGUUCUAG